AAACGAUAUCUCGAGUGGGAGUUGCGGCUUAUGAUCACAGUAGUGGUAUGACAGAAGCGCUGUCAUUUAGAAUUGAACGGAUAACUUAUUUGUCAAAUAUUUAAAAACAUCGCCACAACACAAUGGCGAUGGGCAAAGGUUUUCGCGUAUACGAAAAAUUAAAACCACCUAGUCCACAUUCCCUUUUGUUAGAACGUCGAAAUCAUAAAGAAACUGUUUUAUUUGAAUCUCAGGCUGUCGCUGUACUUUCUCUUCAAGAAACAGAAUCCUUAAAAGGACAAUAUACAAAAUUGUUAGAUGCCUAUGGAUGUUUAGGAGUGUUACAAUUAAAUGCAGGAGAAAACACUUUACUUUAUCUUGUCCUUGUUACCGGUUGCUUCUCAGUUGGUAAAAUUGGUGAAACCGAAAUCUUCCGAAUCACACAAUCACAUUUUGUUCCUUUACAUUAUAGUCAAGGAAAUGAAGAUCGCGUUUCAGAAGUUAGGAAAUUUCUUAAUUCCGGUACAUUUUAUUUUUCUUGGACAGCUGGGCAACAAGAAUGCCUUGAUAUCACACUCAGUGCCCAAAAAAGAAGUAAAUCAACAACCACAGAUAAUAGAUUUUUUUGGAAUCGAAUGUUACACAUUCAUCUGUUAAGAUAUGGAGUAGAUACGAGUCAAUGGUUACUUAAAGCAAUGUGUGGCAGCGUAGAAAUUCGUACUGUUUACGUGGGCCACAGACAAGCUCGCGCAGUUCUUGUAUCAAGAUUAAGUUGUGAAAGAGCAGGUACUAGAUUUAACGUUAGAGGGACCAAUGAUGAUGGACACGUAGCUAAUUUUGUGGAAACCGAACAAACUAUUUAUUUGGAUAAUGAAGUAACAUCUUAUAUACAGACUAGAGGAUCGGUUCCUUUAUUUUGGGAACAACCUGGAAUACAAGUUGGUUCGCAUAAAGUUAAAAUAUCCCGAGGAUUUGAAGCUUCAAAACCAGCUUUUGAUAGACAUUUAACUAUGAUUAAGCAAAGGUAUGGACAACAAGUGAUAGUAAAUCUUCUGGGCUCCAGUCUCAUUGGUAGUAAAGAGGGGGAAGCAAUGUUAAGUCAAUUAUUUCAAACACAUCACAAUAUGUCAGAACACAAAGAUGUACCACACAUAUUAUUUGAUUAUCACCAGGAGUGUAGAGGUGGAAACAUGAAGAAUCUCUCCAAACUAAAAGCUAAAGUGGAAAAGUACUUAGAGUCCUUUUCCUUAUUUUAUGCUGCUGGAAAAAAUGUAAUACUUGAACAAACUGGUACAAUUCGUACUAAUUGCUUAGAUUGCUUGGACAGAACUAACUGUGUACAAACUUUUUUUGCAUUAGAAUUGCUAGCACAGCAAUUGAGUUUAUUAAAACUACUUGAAAAACAACAAAUGGUAUCAAGAUUCGAGGAAGUUUUCCGUCAAAUGUGGAUAUAUAAUGGCAAUGAAGUCAGUAAAAUAUAUGCUGGAACAGGCGCGAUACAAGGAAGCUCGAAAUUAUUAGAUGGAGCAAGAUCUGCCGCUAGAACGAUACAAAAUAAUCUUUUGGAUUCGAGUAAGCAGGAAGCUAUAGAUAUUUUGCUCUUAGGUUCUACAUUAAAUACAGAGAUAGCUGAUAGAGCUCGAUUAUUAUUACCAUCUAAUAUGUUACACGCUCCGCCAAGUGUAUUGAGAGAAAUGUGUAAAAGAUAUAAUGAAUAUGUGACAACAAUGAAGCUUAGAAUAAGCGUUGGUACUUAUAACGUGAACGGUGGUAAACAUUUUCGAAGCGUAUCGCAUAAAGAUAUUUUACUUUCUGAUUGGUUAUUAGAUGCUCCACGUUAUUCAUCGUCAUUGGUAUCUGUUGAAUAUGAUAAUAUACCCGUGGAUGUAUUUGCAAUUGGAUUUGAAGAAAUAGUAGAUUUAAAUGCUAGUAAUAUUAUGGCAGCUAGUUCUGACAACGCAAAAGCUUGGGCAGAAGAAUUACAAAAAGUAUUAUCAAGAGAUACCGAAUAUGUUCUUGUUACAUAUCAACAAUUAGUUGGAGUUUGUUUGUAUUUAUUUAUACGGCCUGAACAUGCUCCUUACUUGAGAGAUGUUGCAGUAGACUGUGUGAAAACAGGUUUAGGUGGUGCUACGGGUAAUAAAGGUGCGGCAGCUAUACGAUGUGUCUUAUAUUCUACAUCUUUAUGUUUUGUAUGCGCCCAUUUUGCUGCUGGCCAAUCUCAAGUUACUGAACGCAACGCCGAUUACGCAGAAAUAACGAGAAAAAUAACGUUCCCUAUGGGUAGAACACUAAAUACUCACGAUUACGUAUUUUGGUGCGGAGAUUUUAAUUACAGAGUUGACAUGGAUAAAGACGAAAUGAAGGAAAUGAUCAAGAGGAAUGAAAUUGAUCAAAUACUGCAGUAUGACCAAUUAAAAGUACAACAGGAACAGGGUAAUGUGUUCAAAAACUUUUUGGAAGGAUCCAUUACAUUUCCUCCUACAUACAAGUAUGAUCUCUUUUCCGACGACUAUGACACCAGUGAAAAAUGCCGUCAGCCUGCAUGGACGGAUAGAGUUCUUUGGAAACGAAGAAAGCAAAUACCUGAUAUUGAUUCUCCUACAGAUUGGUAUCCAGGAAAGCUUAUUUAUUACGGUAGAGCAGAAUUAAAACAAAGCGAUCAUAGACCUGUUAUUGCUAUUAUCGACGUAGAGGUUCAUCGUGUCGAACCACAACAAAGGGAACACGUAUUCAAAGAAGUAAUCGAAGAUUUAGGCCCACCGGAUGGAACGAUAAUAGUAAAAACGGUAGAUGAGACGGAAGAUGCUGAUAGCGCGUUCGAUAGUAACGUUAUGAUGGCUUUGGUUCAAGAUCUGUCUCAUAUCGGCGAAGUGAUUCUCGUGAGAUUCGUUGGAGAAACAAUUUGGGUCACCUUUAGAGAUGGACAAUGCGCUUUGGCUGCUGCAAAAAAAGGAAUGACACACGUCUGCGGCCAAGCGUUAACUUUAACAUUAAAGUCACCUAAUUGGAUGCAACUCAUUGAGAAAGAAAUAGAAAUUUGUAGCAAUACUACGGCAUCGCAGCCUAGUGCUUUCUCGCCUGUUUCGAAAACUUCUUUGCCAAAAUUAGAGCAAUUAGGAAUUACCGAACACCCAUCGGCUAGUAAAGGAAAUACAAAUGGUGUUACACCACCACCUAGGCCAGCUCCACCAGGCAGACCAUCUCAACCGCCUAAAAGUCCAUACCAAGAGAAAAAACAAAUUCCGCACGCAGGUGUAUUUAGCGUAUUACCUAAUCAAUUUUCCACGACGCCAGUUAAGGAUAGAGCCGAAUCCGAUCAAGUGGAAAGAUCGUCUCCGGAAUCUGCAAUUUACGAAGAAAUAUUAGAUGGAUUUCCUAAUUAUCCUGCUCCAACUAGACCACCACCGCCAUUACCACGUACUGAUCCUUGCCAAGAAUCAUCGAGCAAAUGUAUUAGUUCUAUACCUCCUCCAUUACCGCAAAGACAAAUUCCUCCACCUCAGCAUGCCCCACCUAGCUUGCCUACAUCGUCGGUUCCACCACCAGUUCCAGCAAGAACAUCAGGUGGUCCACCUAUUCCAGCGAGAAAUCCACAUUAAAGACAGAGUUUAUGUUAGUCUUCAUUUAGAGUAUUAUUGUCAUCUUACAUAUAAAUAUUUAUGACACUAAAUAGAGAAAUGAGAUAAAAACAAGGCAAAGUUCUCUUUUGCUUCCGUAAGAGUCAUCACUCUCUCUCUCUCUCUCUCUCUCUCUCUCUCUCUCUCUCUCUCUCUCUCUCGAUGCCGCGAUAAAACUUCCAAAUCUAUUUCGUGGCUAGGACCAGUUCUUUAUUUGUAUACAAAAUAUCAGUAGGAAGUGCUUGUUACUGUACCAUUUUAUUAGUUCGAAUCCUUCUGCAAAAUAAUGAUUAAGUGAUUCCAUAAGAUCGUCGUAUAUCUAUGAUCUUUGAUUAUUAUUCAUGACCUUUGUGUUUAUAACGAUUAUAUGUUGUUUACAAAGUAAACGGAAAAUAAGUAAAAUUUUAAUGGCUAGAUACAAAUACAAGGAUCAUGAGAUAAUUUCUGAAAAAAUUUCUGUUUAUGAGAGAACUAGAGAAUUAUUUAAAAAUAAAAUAUAUAUAGCAUGUUUGACAUAUGAAACAAUGGUACGAUAUACAAUGUUACGCUUAAAUUAUAGCGCAUAAUUCGUAAUAAAACCCAUGGAAUAUGUUGUAGAUUCUAUUAGCUCGAGCGAGACAUCGCUUGAUGUAUCUCAAAUGUUGCAAAAUAGAGAACUACUUUAUGAAUUUUAUAGGAAACAGUUGUUAAUUUAUCUAUGGAGAAAGUAUAUACAAUGAAAAAAGGGCAAUAAAAUAGAGAUGCGUUGUAACUUAAGAUGAAAUGUAAUUCUCAUUAUUCAGCUUUGUAUACCGCCGAAUGCAUAUAUGUUGUUCGAUGUUAUAAAGAUAGCUAUUGUCAAAGUAGUACAAAAUUAAGAUUCCUUGCUUACCGAUAAGUAGCAACACGAAGAGACACUUAAACGAGUAGACAAAAAAAAUUUCGUUCCCACAUUUAUAAACUAUUUUCUCCUUCUGAAAGUAAAAUAAUAUUUUUAGAAACAUCAUUUAAAAGUAUUUUUAUAUGUUCUAAUCAUUUUUUCCAUCGUAACUUACAUUUUUCCAAUAUGUUUUUUUUUUUUUUUAACAGACAGUGCUUAAUAAAACUGGGAACAUCUUCCAAAAUAAAUCACAUGAUCGAAUAUUAAUCUAAAAUAUUUUUGUUAAAAAGAAAGACAAUUUUGAUGUAAUUUUAAUAACAAAAAAAAAGAAAGACGUCGUCAUUAUGAAAUUCCAUAAAAAAUUAUUCGAUGGGUAUAAAGCGUACGUGUUUAUAUAGUUUUUUGUUAUCUCUGAAAUAAUAAUUACAUUUUUAAAAAAAGAAUUGAAACAUUCCUAAAACAUCGAAAUAUAUCGAUAUCGAAUUUUUAUUAUUGUAGUUAUAGCUUAGAAUUUUAAUUAUAAAAUAUUUGAAGCUGCAACUAAUUUGCAGUACUACACUUAAUGGAUAUUAACAGUAAUGAAUUAAUAUUGUUUCAUAAAAAAAAAGAAAUUUUAUUUAUCUAAGUAGCACAUAACCGUCCUUCGAUUUUGAUGCCAAUUGAUUUAUUUGUGCUCUUGUUAAACGGAGAUAUAAAAUUGGUCCCUUUACUUUAUACAUUGUAGAAUGAUAUAUAAAAAAAUGUUUUCGCGAAAUUUAUGUGUGUGUGACGAAUAUAUAUAUAUAUAAAUAUAUUGUAAACACAAAGCGCUGUGCCUGUCACAAAAACUAAGAUCAUGUGUAAAUCAAUGUAAAUGGCUGUGAACACAAAUCCGGAAGAGUAUGCUUUUAGUUAUAACACAUUAAUCCCUUUUAGCAAAUAAAUUAUGUACAAAAACGAAUAUAUCCCAUAACGAUUCUUACGAGCCACAUUUCAAUCAUUUUAGAUUGUUGAUGACAUCAGAAACGGAAAGUACAAGAAUGACUCAACGAAUGACAAUGCACCGCGGAUACGUCAAGAGUACAAAAGACUAUCCCGAUCCUAGCAACAGUUUAUAACGAAUAAUAUGUGGAUGCAUUUUAAUAUAUACAUCAUUUCUCAUUUAAAAUUAAAAUUCUUUCUUGUUACGCUAUACGUAGUUAAUGAUACGAGUUUCUUGUACUUUCUCUUAAUUCACAAGAUAGUUUACCGAAGAUAUUUAAAUUUUUAAGGGGAAGAACUGUUGCGCACUAAAUCACAUAACGAUUGUGUUUUCGCGUUCCAUAACUUUAAAUUAAUUUCGCACAGCAUUCAUUUGUAGCACGACAAUAUAUUGGAAUGAUGCAUUGAUAUUAUUUCAACUUACAUGAUUAUGUUUAAAUAAAUCAAUGCAAAAUUCAUUGUUGACUUGCGAAGAGUCUUAAAUUAAUAACUAACUAGAUCCUGAUCGAUCUUAAAUACAAUGAAUAAAAAAUUAAGAGAUCUUCCGUCUGCACGCUUUAUCUUUUUGUAGAUGAAGAAAAAAAAUCGAUUCUUACAAAUCCAGAUUGAUUAUAAAUUUACAAUUUCAAGUGUGAUAUGUGUGUGUGUGUGCGUGUGUGUUUGUGUACACAUACUGUAUAUCGUUGCGCGCAUUAUUCGAAAUUAAAUUCAGAUGAAACGAAAAGCGAUUCAUUGUCAGCAUAUAAUAAUAUAGAAAAAAAGGAUGCUGUGUUAAAAAGUACGGGAUCCAGUAAGGAAAUACCUAAUAAAAAAGAAUAUAGGAUAUACUAAAUGUUAAUGAGAUGUCAAAGUAAAAGUCUUAUGAGAUUA